UCGUUGCAAGUUGUUUCAAGCUCCAAAAAGACUUAACGUUUCGCGUUGCGAGCUCACCUCAUCAUAUAUAUUUUUUUUCUUUUCCCUUUUUUUUAUGCAUUUCCAUGGUGGUUAAGAUAUAGUUUCUCCAAAAACCUUAUAUUCACCCAAGUUAAAUCACGUUUUUUGUAGUGAAAUUGUUAAAGAAUCCUUUUGUAAAUAUAUGUCACAAAGAUAAAAAAAAAAAAACGACAUCAAAGCCCCUCCCAACCCCCCCUUCCACUACUGGCCAUACAAAAUUCCUCUUUUUUUAAUGUCGUUUUAUUGAUAUGAAAAUCCAAGUGUGUGAGUUUUUGUGGCUUUUUAACACAAAUAAAACAAAAUUUUGCUAACCAAAAGUUUAACCUUAAUUUACAAGGCAAAAUUUCCAAAACAAUAAACUUCUUUGCGGAGUGUGUUUGUGCAUGUGUGUGUGUAAAUGUGGGUCCUUGCACCCUUCAAUUAAGUAAUUGUGUGCAGGCGUAGACAAUAAAAACCAUCUCGAAAAAAAAAACAGAAACAGACGCCAGCGGUGUUGAGGUCAACCGCAAUAGGACAUCCCUUCAACAAAACACCAACACCAACAAAAAGCAACAACAAAAAUGGGUAGACGAAAAAACAAACCAAGACUUAUACCCGAACAGGAUAAACGAAUCUGUGGAUCAAUAUGCUUCUGCCAGUUGACCAUGGUGCUGUCAUGUGUUUCCAUUGUUUACCUUAGCGUUGCAGUUUACUCACCUUCCUUUCAAGCCUUCAAAUCAGGAUUCGAACUUGAUCCGGUAAUGUGCCAAACGGUCGAUAUACAAAUGCCAAAUAAUUGUCCAUGGGCCUCCUGUGGGGAAUGGUGUCUGACCAAGACGAGCGGCUUUUGUCCACAAAUUCAUUCGGUGGUGCGACGUAAUGGCACCGAUAUUCAGCUCAACAAUUGCACAAGGAUAACAACAACUUCAUGUCCGAUGAUCGACUUACAAAAUUUAAAGAAAUUCAACUGUAAUAAUGGCACAGCAUGCAACAACCUACGCGGUGUAUUCAACUGUUCAAAUGGACACUGCAAGAAUAUGUCAGAAUUUUUUCUAUGCCAUCACAAAGCUGACGGGCCCACACUAAAUUCCGAAAAGGACAACACAAAGCUAAACGGUUUCUUUGAAUGCCGAGGUAUUCAAUGUACAAAAAUAAAGAAGCCCUUCCUAUGUGACCGCUAUUGUUCCAAGAUAACUACAACAAAAAUUAAUGUCCUGUUGAUGCAAGACAAUAAUCUAGUGACGGCGGAAUGUGAGCACGGAGUGGCAUUUAAUGAGGCCCGAGGCCCCAACAAGGGAGUCCGUAUUCCACCCACCGAUUUCUGGAAAGAAGAUGAUGGCGAUUUGUUGGCAAAUUGUAUGACUGUUGCAAAGGAGGGCGAUAAAAUUGUAGCUACUGACUGCCUUAAUGGAACUCUAUUGGACCACGACAUUUUUCCACAUCCCUUUAUGAAUUUCACCCAAUUCUGGGAAAUUUACGACAAAAGCAACAAUAUUUUAGAUCCAGACCAGAGAUUUCUACCGAAGCAAGACAAUCUAACAAUUUAUAGUUGGAAGAAAUUGUUCAUUAACUUGGAAGGAUGCGUGAAUACUUUGCGGGGAGAAUGCAAGGAUUUUGUAGCACGUUAUGGCAGUGAUGGUGAUAAUGAUACAGCACAAUCAAGAUAUCAAUGUUUUUAUAACAAGGAAGAAUCAGUUCCUUUUGUAGUUGCACGAUUUGAUUUGGAUAAAACUUAUAAGGAACUUUUGAUAGCAUUAAUACUUCCGAUUGUCUUGUUUGUUCUUUCAUCAAUUUCAUUAUGCAUUAUUACGAAUACAGUUAAGGUUGGUGAUGAUGCAAAGAUGAGAUGUGUUUGUUCAGCUGAUGAUUCAGAUGGGGAAGGAGCUAUUGGUAUGGGACUGAGGAACAAUGAUCGAUAUCAAGAUGAAGAUUGUCCAAUGGGACUUGCAGAUUUGCCAGAGGACCAACCCACCGAUACUCAUGAAAUGAUCGGAAGUACAAAAUCAUUAAUUCCAAUAAGUCCGUGCGAGGAAACAGCCGAUAAUGCCUUCCAUCAUGACGAAAAGGCAUCAAAGUGUGAUGCUCCGGAAAAACCAUUAGUGGUCAUUUAAUGAAAUUAAAAAUGCAAUUUACUAUGCAUUACACACACACACAUACAAACACACUUCUGUUAAAACCUAUUCCUCUUACUAAAAAUAUCUUUUUGAUUAUAUACAACAUACAUGUUUUCUAAACUCUACAUACAUUAACACUCAAGCUAGCUGGACUUAAAAUAUACUACCUUAAAGGAAAAAAAAAAAUAAGAAGAAAGUUUCAACAAAAUUCAAAAACACUCGUUUACUGCCGCAUAACAUGGGUACAACAACAAAUUUUGAAAAAAAAUAAGCAACAACCAACACGAAAAGAAAACAUACAAAAUUGCAUUACUUUAUGAAGUAAAAGCUUAUAGCUUCAAGGGAUGUAAUUAAAAGAGGUUAUAUACAGAGAAUGGGUUGUAAAAUAUAUGUAGCAAAGUCCGUGAGGAAUUAGGAAUGUAAAAUGGAUUACCUACGGACGGUUGUUUUCACAGUAGCCAUCAUCUAUACCUACUCCAUGAGGAGACUUAAGCUUUUUUAAUUUCUUGUGGGGCAAUUCAAUUUUUUGUUUAAAUAAUUUUUUAAUAACAUUUUAAAACAACUUGAGGGGUUAAGUAAAAUGCAUUUAUCUUUAAAGAGAUUGAAACUUAUACAAAGAGAAAAAAAAAAACAAUUGUUUUGUAGUCAAAAGUAUUAUUUUAG